AUGGAUUUUACAGUUCGUGAACCAAUUGCCGUUGUCGGUAUUGGCUGCCGCUUUCCUGGAGGCAUCUCCACGAUAAAGAAAUUCUGGGACACGUUGCAACAAGGCAUGGACAUUGUGGGCGAUGUCCCCAAAGACCGGUUUGACUUUAGCUCUUUCUAUGACCAUGACCCACAAAAGUCCGGGGUGAUUCGAAACCGCAAAGGCGGCUUCGUAGAUGACAUCAAAUCAUUUGAUGCGGAGUUCUUCGGCUACUAUCCAGACUCCGGCACACGUCUCGAGACAGUGUCUGGCUCAAAAACUAGCGUUUUCCUGGGUACCUUCAUGUAUGAUUAUCUCACUAUCCAGACGGCCACGGAGCAUCGGGAUAACAUCAGCCCUCAUGUGGCCAUCGUUACGUUUGACACGGCCUGUUCAAGCAGUAUAACGGCGCUGCAUCUCGCCUGUCAAAACAUCUGGACACAGGAAAGCGAUGGGGCCCUAGCCGGAGGAGUGAAUGCUAUUCUUCGGCCAGAGCCGACCAUCCUGAUGUCCAAGGCCGGGUUCCUGUCUCCAGAUGGGUCCUGUAAGCCAUUCGACGCGUCAGCAAACGGCUACGUUCGCAGUGAAGGUGCGGGAAUUGUAUACCUGAAGCCCCUCAGCAAAAUACAGCGAGAUAACGAUUGCAUCUAUUCUUGCAUCCGAGGCUCUCUCGUCAAUCAGGACGGAUACACACCAGACGGGUUCACGGUUCCAAGCUUUGCCGCGCAGGCAUGGUUAUUGAAAACUGUUUAUGCACAGUCGAGUAUAGACCCCAAAAAGAUCCAGUAUGUGGAGGCCCAUGGGCCUGGUACGUCCGUCGGCGAUCCUAUCGAAGCCAAUGCCCUGGGAAACCAACUGGGGCAGGGCCGAUCCGAGGAUGAACCCCUUUGGAUCGGGUCAUCCAAAGGGAACUUUGGUCACCUGGAGGGAGCUGCCGGGAUUGUUGCCUUCAUAAAGGCUUCUCUCGUCGUUUUCUACGGCGAAAUUCCUCCACAGGUCAACCACAUAAAGCCAAAUCCUUCUAUCAAUUUUAAGUCACUGCGAUUGGCUGUACCCAGUAAGCGAAUUCAGUUACACUGUGACCACAACCAGAAGAGGUUGGUCGGUGUGAAUUCCUUUGGGGCUAGAGGUUCCAACGCCUAUGUCAUACUGGAGCAAGCACCAGAUGGUACCUGCACAUGCAUGAAGAAAGCUGAGGCAGCGCGCGUGUUUAUUCUAUCUGCCAAAUUACUAUCUGCCUUAGCACAUACCGCUAAAGACCUGGCGAUCCACCUGCGCUCAGAGAGGCCUUCUAUACAAGAUGUCGCAUACACGCUGAACAUGCGCCGAGAUCAGUAUACCCAAAUCUCAAUUGUCCCAGCCAACGGUUUGGACAAUCUCUGCCAGCAACUCGAUCUGCUCGCCUCCAACAAACUAUCCAAGGCAACCGUGGCACUCCAUAAGCUAUCGGGUACAUCCCCUAAAGUUGCCUUUGUAUUCUCCGGCCAGGGCGGCUAA